ACCAAUGUUUAUUUUCUAUUUUAAUUUGUUCCUAUCUUCUUUUUUUGACAAAUUUGUUCCCAUCUUUUAAAACUCGUUUUAUAUAUUGGCAUAGCAUACCAAAGUACCAAGCAAUUAGAUCGCAUUAACAUUUCUAACAGGAAGGAACAAACAGAAGAAGAUGCAAAACAACGAGAAAGAAAAUUUCACACCUAGAAGAUUAAAAAUUACAGACAACAAAAAAGGUUUCAUAGAAUUACUACAACAACUUAGCAUUUGUGAUUCAAUUUCUGAAAACAAAUUUGAAGAACGAUUUCGAGAAAUUGAUUCACUUGGAGAUGAUCAUGUUAUCUGUGUUAUUGAAGAUGAGAUUUCUGGAAAGAUUGUUGCAACAGGGAGUGUGUUUAUUGAGAAGAAGUUUUUGAGAAAUUGUGGUAAAGUUGGACAUAUUGAAGAUGUUGUUGUUGAUUCGAGUGUUCGCGGGAAGCAAUUGGGGAAGAAAGUGAUUGAUUUUCUUACUGAUCAUGCUCGUGCUGUUGGAUGCUAUAAGGUUAUUCUUGAUUGUAGUGUUGAGAAUAGGGUUUUCUAUGAGAAAUGUGGUUUUAAGGAGAAAGAAAUUCAGAUGGCUAUGUAUUUUGUUUGAUUGAUUAAUUGCUUUUUCUUUGUUUGAGAAUUGUUGAAUGUGUGUUCGAGACUGUUGUCGGGUGUCUGUCAGAUUGACGCAUGUAGUUACAUUGAAUUACUUUGAUUUUUUGCAAACUGUUAU